CCUCAACUGCAAAGUACGGUUUUCACUCCUCUCGUCUGGUCGUGUGCUGCAACGGGAACCACGGAUGGAAAUGAGGCUUUUCUAGCCCAGAGAGCUGAGCCAGUACUGUCGUCGUGUCUGUGUCCACAGUAUUACGCACCGCCGUCCGGCGUGCAGGCGUCCCGUCAUUAGAUCGGAAAAGUGCUGCAAGUUUUCCCCGGGUCGAGCCGUGAAAAGUAAAAAAAAAACGCCGAACCGUCGGACAGCCAACGUGUGACGGAAAAAUCACGCAAGGAAGCCUAGGAAAAUCGAUUACCCAAGAGAAGAAGCAGGCUUCCCGGUGAAGCUGCUGUUAACUCGAUAGGCGCCGCGCCAGCACUCGGAAAUAUGGAAAAUGGUGAUAAUACUGCGGACGGCUGCGACACGGAACCACCCAUCGGAGUCACAACGCUGACGAACGGAAAUUCUACCGCCGAAGAUCAGCAGGCAACAGUUGGCGAGGCAGUCGAUCAACUCACCAGCCAGCUCAAGCAGGUGUCCUUUUCUAAUGCUAACUUCCUGUACGAUCGGCCCCAACCCCGACGCCCGCAGUCAAAGCAGAAACGCUUGAAUCGUCCACAAGACAAACCGUGCUUCGUAAACGGUCAGCAGGAACAGCGCCCAGCGAACGCGCCCGUCGACACGAACGAUAACCAUAUCAAGAUGGAUGCUGCUGGUGAACCGGCGGGACCGGUGGUCCCAACGAGCGAUGAAAACAGUUCGCUGGGCCAGGAGCGGGCCAGCUUCAUCGUAGGCGAGGAGGAUAGCCAGCUGGACGACGAGCUCGAGGCAAACGAUGCAUUCCCGCAGACGAUGGAGAACGGUAGUGGGCUGCGUAGCAGUUCCUCGUACGAGAUGAACCUGACCGAAAAACGGCGCCGUUUAAGGCCCAGUAUGUCCCACGGCACGGGACUGGGACUGCAGCGUGGCCAGGAACGUGACUUUGUACUAUCGACGACGGAGGAGUUUGUGAACAAAUUCAACGGUACGCGGGUGAUUAACAAGGUGCUCAUCGCAAACAAUGGUAUCGCGGCGGUGAAGUGUAUGCGAUCGAUCCGUCGCUGGUCGUACGAGAUGUUUAAGAACGAGCGCGCGGUACGCUUCGUCGUGAUGGUAACGCCGGAAGAUCUGAAGGCAAACGCCGAGUACAUAAAGAUGGCCGACCAUUACGUGCCGGUGCCGGGCGGCUCGAACAACAACAACUACGCCAACGUCGAGCUGAUUGUGGACAUUGCGCUCCGGACGCAGGUGCAGGCGGUUUGGGCUGGUUGGGGUCACGCGUCGGAGAAUCCCAAACUGCCGGAGCUGCUGCACAAGAAGGGGCUGGUGUUUCUUGGUCCACCGGAGCGGGCGAUGUGGGCGCUUGGGGAUAAGGUUGCAUCCUCGAUCGUGGCGCAAACGGCCGAAAUUCCCACCCUGCCGUGGUCCGGCUCGGAGCUGAAAGCUCAGUACAGUGGCAAGAAGAUCAAGAUUUCCAGCGAACUGUUUGCGCGUGGUUGCGUGACCACCUCCGAGCAGGGUUUGGUGGCGGCGGCAAAGAUCAAUUUUCCGGUCAUGAUCAAAGCGUCCGAAGGUGGUGGCGGCAAGGGCAUCCGGCGGGUGGAUACACCGGAAGAGUUUCCGGCACUGUUCCGGCAGGUACAGGCCGAGGUGCCCGGGUCACCGAUUUUCGUGAUGAAGCUGGCACGUGGUGCACGCCAUCUGGAGGUGCAGCUGCUGGCCGAUCAGUACGGCAAUGCGAUCAGUUUGUUUGGGCGCGAUUGCUCGAUCCAGCGACGCCAUCAGAAGAUUAUCGAAGAGGCGCCGGCCGUUAUUGCCGAUCCGGCUGUGUUCGAGGAAAUGGAAAAGGCGGCGGUACGGUUGGCGAAAAUGGUCGGUUACGUGAGCGCCGGUACGGUGGAGUAUCUGUACGACUCGGAAGGCAAAUAUUUCUUCCUCGAGCUGAACCCUCGCUUGCAGGUGGAGCAUCCGUGUACGGAGAUGGUGGCGGACGUGAAUCUGCCCGCCUGUCAGCUUCAGAUCGGAAUGGGCAUUCCGCUGUACCGCAUCAAGGACAUCCGGCUGCUGUACGGCGAAAAUCCGUGGGGCAGCACGGUGAUAGACUUUGACAAUCCGACGCAAAAACCACGCCCCUGGGGCCAUGUGAUCGCAGCCCGCAUCACGUCGGAAAAUCCGGACGAAGGCUUCAAGCCAAGCUCGGGUACGGUGCAGGAGUUGAACUUCCGCUCGAGCAAGAACGUUUGGGGAUACUUCAGUGUGGCCGCGUCCGGUGGGCUGCACGAGUUUGCCGACUCACAGUUCGGGCACUGCUUCUCGUGGGGUGAAAAUCGUCAGCAGGCUCGCGAAAAUCUCGUGAUCGCGCUGAAGGAACUUUCCAUUCGGGGUGACUUCCGGACGACGGUGGAGUACCUGAUCACGCUGCUCGAAACGAACAGCUUCCUGGACAACACGAUCGACACGGCCUGGCUGGAUGCGCUGAUCGCCGAACGGGUGCAAUCGGACAAGCCGGACAUUAUACUCGGUGUGGUGUGCGGUGCGCUGCACAUUGCCGACCGCAAGGUAACGGAUGCGUUUGCGAGCUUCAAAGGCUCGAUGGAGAAGGGCCAAAUUCAGGCGGCAAACACGCUCACGAACGUCGUCGACGUGGAGCUUAUUGCGGAGGGCGUCCGGUACAAGGUGCAGGCCGCUAAGAGUGGCCCGAACACGUACUUCCUCGUUAUGAACGGGUCCUUUAAGGAGGUGGAAGUGCAUCGACUGUCGGAUGGGGGCAUGCUGCUGUCGCUCGAGGGUUCCAGCUACACGACGUACAUGAAGGAAGAGGUCGACCGGUACCGUAUCGUUAUCGGCAACCAGACCUGCGUGUUCGAGAAGGAGAAUGAUCCGUCGCUGUUGCGCUCGCCGUCCGCUGGCAAGGUCAUCAGCCUGCUGGUGGAGGACGGUGCGCACGUUUCCAAGGGUCAAGCGUUUGCCGAAAUAGAGGUCAUGAAGAUGGUCAUGACGUUGAAGGCGAACGAGGCAGGCACGGUCACGUUUUUGCGCCGUCCGGGUGCUGUGCUGGAUGCGGGCACCCUGAUCGGUCACCUCGAGCUGGACGAUCCGUCGCUGGUCACGAAAGCCCAACCGUACAAGAAUCCGUGGCCGAUCAGCGAAAACGUGCAGAUACCGGAAAAGCUGAACCGCAUCCAUUCGAGCUACAAGACCAUUUUGGAAAACACGCUGGCCGGUUACUGUCUGCCGGAUCCGUACAAUGCGCCCCGCUUGCGGGAGAUUAUCGAGAAGUUUAUGCUAAGCUUGCGCGAUCCGUCACUGCCAUUGCUCGAGCUGCAGGAGGUGAUUGCCUCGAUCUCGGGCCGCAUUCCGCUGUCGGUGGAGAAGAAGAUUCGCAAGAUGAUGCAGCUGUACGAGCGCAACAUUACCAGCGUGCUGGCCCAGUUCCCGUCGCAGAUGAUCGCAAGCGUGAUCGAUAGCCACGCGGCCACGCUGCAGAAGCGUGCCGAUCGUGACGUGUUCUUCCUGACGACGCAAGGCAUCGUACAGCUGGUGCAGCGCUAUCGCAACGGUAUCCGGGGACGCAUGAAGGCGGCCGUGCACGAGUUACUGAAGCAAUAUUAUGCGGUUGAAUCGCAGUUCCAGCAUGGGCACUAUGACAAGUGUGUGGCGGCUAUUCGCGAGAAGCAUAAGGACGAUAUGGACGUGGUGGUCGGGACGAUCUUUUCACACAGCCAGGUAGCGAAGAAGAACCUGCUGGUAACGUUGCUGAUCGACCAUCUGUGGGCGAACGAGCCGGGUCUGACGGACGAGCUGGCGGCGACGCUCAGCGAGCUGACAUCGCUGAACCGGGCGGAACAUUCGCGGGUGGCGUUGCGCGCCCGGCAGGUGUUGAUCGCUGCCCAUCAGCCGGCGUACGAGCUGCGCCACAAUCAGAUGGAAUCGAUCUUCCUGUCCGCCGUCGACAUGUACGGACACGACUUCCAUCCGGAGAAUCUGCAGCGCUUGAUCCAGUCGGAAACGUCCAUCUUUGAUAUUCUGCACGAUUUCUUCUACCACUCGAACCGGGCGGUGUGCAAUGCGGCGCUGGAGGUGUACGUGCGCCGUGCUUACACCUCGUACGAGCUGACCUGCCUGCAGCAUCUGGAGCUAUCCGGGGAGGUACCGCUGGUGCACUUUCAAUUCCUACUGCCUACAGCACAUCCAAAUCGAUACAAUUCGGAAGGAAACGAUCCCGACGCUAUUCCGGAUUCGUUCAUGCGCACCGGUUGCAUGGCAGCGUUCGAUUCGUUCGAGCACUUUAAUCAAUAUUCGGAUGAAAUUCUGGACCUACUGGAGGACUAUGCGUCCCCAGUGUUUGUCAAUCCGAAAGUGCUGGAAGCGGUGGAGGGAGCCGAUUCGGAUCGUAGGAUGAGCACCUCGAUCAACGUUUCUAUCUCCGAUCAGGUGAACCGUGUCGUCGAGAACGAAAAUGCCGCACCUCGACCAUCGGAAGCGAUCCACAUCCUGAGCAUUGCUGUGCGGGACAUGGGCGACAUGGAUGAUCAUCAGAUGGAGCUAGUGUUUGGCUCGUUCUGCAAUCAACAUCGUGAGGAGCUGCUGAGCCGUCGCGUGAGACGAAUUACGUUCGCCGCGUUGAAGAAGCGACAGUUCCCGAAGUUCUUCACCUACCGUGCGCGGGACCAGUUCGAGGAGGACCGUAUCUAUCGCCAUCUCGAGCCAGCCUGUGCCUUCCAGCUCGAGUUGAAUCGUAUGAAAACGUACGAUCUGGAAGCACUGCCAACCGCAAACCAAAAGAUGCAUCUCUACCUCGGCCGGGCCAAGGUACCGAAGGGUCAGGAGGUGACGGACUUCCGGUUCUUCAUCCGUUCCAUCAUUCGCCAUUCGGAUCUGAUUACGAAGGAAGCUUCGUUCGAAUACCUACAAAACGAAGGUGAACGGGUGCUGCUGGAAGCGAUGGACGAGCUGGAGGUGGCUUUCUCCCAUCCGCAAGCCAAGCGCACGGACUGUAACCACAUCUUCCUCAACUUUGUGCCGACCGUCAUCAUGGAUCCGGCAAAGAUCGAGGAGUCCGUUACGAAGAUGGUAAUGCGGUACGGACCGCGGCUGUGGAAGUUGCGUGUGCUGCAGGCGGAGCUGAAGAUGGUUAUUCGUCAAACGCCCCAAUCGCCGACCACCUCCGUGCGGUUGUGCAUUGCGAACGAUUCGGGCUACUUCCUCGACAUCGCUAUGUACACCGAAGUGACGGAUCCGGAAACGCACGUUAUUAAAUUCCAAGCGUAUGGAAACAGGCAGGGCCCACUGCACGGCCUCCCGAUAUCGUCUCCGUACAUGACCAAAGAUUUCCUGCAGCAGAAACGCUUCCAGGCGCAAUCGAAUGGAACGACGUACGUGUACGACAUACCGGACAUGUUCCGGCAGAUGACGGAACGGCUGUGGAAGGAGUUUUCCAAAGCACGCCCGACCGAGGACAUACGCAUCCCGGAGAAGAUUCUGCUCGAGUGCAACGAGCUGGUGCUGAACGGCGAUACGCUCGAGGAGAUCCAGCGGCUGCCGGGCGAGAACAAUGUCGGUAUGGUGGCGUGGCGUAUCGUGCUGGCGACGCCGGAGUUUGCGACCGGUCGUGAGAUUAUCGUGAUUGCCAACGAUCUGACGUACCUGAUCGGUUCGUUCGGCCCCCAGGAGGAUCUGUUGUUCUGCAAGGCGUCGGAACUGUCCCGGCAGCGCAAGUGUCCCCGCAUCUACAUCUCGGUCAACAGUGGCGCCCGCAUUGGGCUGGCGGAAGAGGUGAAAUCACUGUUCAAGGUCGCGUGGGAAGAUCCGGAGGAGCCGGAGAAGGGCUUCAAGUACCUGUACCUCACGACGGAAGACUACAGCAAGAUAGCGAACAGCAACUCGGUCCGGGCGAUCCUGAUCGAGGAUGAGGGUGAACCGCGGUACAAGAUUACGGACAUUAUCGGCAAAACGGACGGGCUCGGGGUGGAGAACCUGCGGUACGCGGGUAUGAUCGCCGGCGAGACGUCCCGCGCGUACGAGGAUGUGGUCACCAUCUCGAUGGUGACGUGCCGCACGAUCGGCAUCGGAUCGUACCUCGUGCGGCUCGGGCAGCGUGUGAUUCAGAUCGAGAAUUCGCACAUCAUCCUGACCGGCUUUGCCGCGCUGAACAAACUGCUCGGCCGCAAGGUGUACGCCUCGAACAAUCAGCUCGGUGGCAUACAGAUCAUGCACAACAACGGUGUCACGCACAAGACGGAAGCGCUCGAUCUGGACGGCGUGUACAGGAUACUGCACUGGCUGUCCUACAUUCCGAAUGCGCGCGGCGGCACCCUGCCGAUCGUGUCGCCAAGCGAUCCGAUCGAUCGGAUGAUCGAUUUCACCCCGACCAAGGCACCGUACGAUCCGCGCUGGAUGCUAGCCGGCCGGUACAAUCCUUCCAACCCGUCCGACUGGGAGACGGGCUUCUUCGAUCGCGGCACGUUCGAGGAAAUUAUGGAACCGUGGGCCCAGACGGUGGUGGCGGGGCGGGCCAAGCUGGGCGGCAUUCCGGUCGGUGUGAUUGCGGUCGAGACGCGCACGGUCGAGGUGACGAUACCGGCCGAUCCGGCCAACCUGGACUCGGAAGCGAAAACAUUCCAGCAAGCGGGGCAGGUUUGGUUCCCCGAUUCGUCCUUCAAGACGGCCCAGGCGAUAAAGGACUUUGGGCGGGAGGAGCUACCGCUGAUCAUCCUUGCCAAUUGGCGUGGUUUCUCCGGUGGACAGAAAGAUAUGUACGAGCAGAUUGUAAAGUUCGGUGCGUACAUUGUGGAUGGGCUGCGAGAGUACAAGCAGCCAGUCAUUGUCUACCUGCCACCGAAUGCCGAGCUUCGGGGUGGUGCCUGGGCCGUGCUGGAUCCUACCAUCAACCCACGGUACAUGGAAACGUACGCCGAUCCGGAAUCGCGUGCCGGUGUGCUGGAACCGGAAGGUAUCGUGGAGGUGAAAUACAAAGAGAAGGACAUCGUGAAAACUAUUCAACGCCUGGAUGCAACAGUGGUGGAUCUUAAGAACCAAUUAACCGCGGCGGGCGAAAACAAGGAGCUGGUCACGGAGUUGGAGAACAAAAUCAAGGCACGAACGAACGCGCUGCUACAAAACUAUCACCCGGUGGCGGUACACUUUGCCGACCUGCAUGACACACCCGAGCGUAUGCUGGAAAAGGGCUGCAUUAGCGAGAUUGUACCGUGGCGUAAUUCGCGCAACUGGAUCUACUGGCGGUUGCGCCGUUUGCUGCUGGAGGAACACUUCAUUAAGCAGAUUUUCGAAGCGCAGGAUGAUCUGUCGGUCGGGCAGGCAAAGUCGAUGCUGCGCAGAUGGUUCGUGGAGGAUAAGGGAGCGACGGAGGGAUACCUAUGGGAGACAAACGAGUCGGCAGUGGAGUGGUUGGAGAAUCAGAAGCGAUCCGAUUCCACCGUGUCCCGCAAUAUUUACUCAGUGAAACGUAGCGCAAUAAUCUCGCGGAUUCGUCAGUCAUUAAAUGACUUCCCGGAAGCAACGCUGGAUGCGGUGGUUGGGCUCUGCGAGAAGCUGUCGCCCGCACAACGGGGCGAGGUGGUCAAAACGCUCGCCCAGCUAACGGACAGCAACGAGCACACAAGCCUCGGAUGACAACGUUACAGCUUUACAUAACGGAAACGCUCCAAACGGAAGCGCUAAGCGUUAGCAACACGAAUACACAAGACAAACAAACACACACAUACACUGUAGAGCUAUUAAAUAAUUUAGUGUCGAGUGGCAGUAAUGCAAAAACUCUGGGGUAAAAACACAUUAGCGAUGAGCUAGAUGAUAAGACAGAGAGAGAGCAAGGGGGAGAGAAAACGGAACAAAUAUAUAAAAAACACACACACAUUUAAAGCGUGGAAAAUGGAUACCGCGAGGAAAAGUUGGGAUUCCGUUCCGGAUCGCGAGUGCGCGAUCACUUUAUCACCGGGGGCGGCUUUGCCUAGAAGGUGGGCGGAGGAUUAACCACCCUUUUUUUCUCUCGAUAGCGGCAGCGAUCGCGAAGAAACUUUAGCCUAAAAGAAGCCGAAUGGUUUUUGGGAUUCAUCAUCAUCAUGAAGCCACGCGCGCACAUCCAAUGCUGACGAGUUCAUUCAAAAAUUGCGAAGAAUUCAUCCAUUCGUGCACGAAGGAAGCGUGCAUAAACACUUCACACACUAUUUAAUUAAAACUCAAGUUAACGCUCACACUACACAACACACUCACACCGUACAACACACGCAAAACAAAUGUUCACGUUGGAAGGGGGUCGAAAACGCGAAUUAAAAAAAACACACACACAUACGGAAAGACGGAAAAAACACACAUUUAAAUAUAGUGAAAAAUGUAUGUAGCAAGGAUACAGAAAAAGAACGGGCCACACCUCAAAGCACACAUACACGCAUACAUUAAAAAUAUGGGAAAUACUUAAGGUUCUUAGACUACUGUACUAAGCCCGUACGGUUCUGUACGUUCGUUGUUGCAAGGAACGAUUUAGCUCGAGAUUAGUUGUUAGGACUGUUAGGAUUCGUAAUGUGGAUAGGUUUUCUUGUUUUUUUUUUAAUUUGCCUCCUUUCUCCCUUUUUUUUGUAAUAUUUGCUAAGUUUUGUCAAAUACUUCUUUUUUCUCCCUCGUUCGAUUCGCCUUUCAUUAUUCGUACUAUGUACACUUAUUAUCGGAAUUCCGUCGCUGCUCUGGUUAGUAAGUUGCGUAUACUUGAAGAUUUACAUGUAUAAGAGAUAGUGGAGGGGCGAGGGGGGGGGGCGUUUCUUCUUCUUAGCUACCGAGAUUUACAUUACAUCUCAUCGCUGGAUUCGGUUUCCUUCAGGGCAAAGGCUGCAAAAUGAUGGCUUCAGAAUAAAAUUGUUCAACAAGAGUAUGAUUUAA